GAAUGGYACUAGCGGCCCUUAAGAUGUUUGCAUUCAUCAUAUUGCCUCAAAUGUCUAAUGGAGAAACAGCCACUUGUCAAUCCUCAUACKUCCAAAGUGGUUUCCAAUUACAAGCCCAUGUAAUCAAGAAGCUAUCAACAGCAUCCAGGAAUGCCUGCAUGCAAGAGUGUAAAUUGCACAACCAGUGUUACAGCAUCAAUUACCACAAUGAGAAAAGAAUGUGUGAGCUUAAUGAUGCAAACCAUUUGACGGACCCACAAGAUUUCAUCUUCUCGAAGGGAUAUGACUACGAAAAUAACAAUGCUCGUUCCCCCUCAAAUUGCAGCAUCGGCUACUGCAAUCGAAAAACUGACAAGUGUUUGAUUGACAGAAAUGGACAUGACUACAAAUGUCUAUCGUGUAAAGAUGACGGAGGGCAGGAAGUUAUGACAUUCCACCARGAAAACUUACAAAACAAAGUUGUUUUAGAGAACUGGUUCGAAUCCUUGCAAGCCUUUACAGUAUGCUCGUGGAACCAAGUAGUCUUGAAAGAUUUUCAGACWRUCUUCAGCUAUGCCACCACAAAUCAUUCAAACGAAAUAUUGGCAGAAAUUCAACGAUAUUCGAACKACAYAUUUCUACGUAUCUCUUUCWUAGUAACGGACGAGUWCACCGGCCAGGCMGAGUAUCCAGUUGAUGGCAACUGGCACCAUUUUUGUUUGACAUGGGGUAACGCCCUUGGAGAGUGGAAAAUAUACAUUGAUGGUAGCAAGAAAGCUGAAGGCAAAGAAAACGCAGGCAGAGUUAUUGCCAAGGGAGCYGUUGUACUUGGUCAGGAACAGGAUUCAUACAAGGGAGGCUUUGCAUUAUAUCAAAGCUACCAAGGCAACAUGACCAACGUAAACUUAUGGAACAGGGUGCUCACUGAACAAGAAGUAGCUAACUUAUCUCAAUCACGCUGCACUGGAGAAGGGAAUGUUAUCAAGUGGGCAGACUUCACAGCCAGAGUAGAAGGGAAUAUCCAACUUUCAUGUCCCAAAAAUGUUUGUUGA